UAUGUGGCAGCAGCUUGCUUAAUGGAGUAGCUUUUGUUGCCGCAGGAAAGUUUAGUAAAAACACCGCGAUUAACAUAAAAUAUUAAGUUAUUGAAAGUUCCAAAUGCUGAAAUAAUAAAAUGAUUCAAUUAUCCGACGACGGUUCAACAAAGAGCCCUUCAUUCCACAUUAUACGCGAGGUAUACGAUAGCUCAAAUGCUCAUGAACGUUUUGAAGCUGAAUUGGAUAAAGCCCUCGAGGCGAAAGUGGAUUAUAUUAUAAUUGAGCCAACGCGUUUAGGCGAUGAAACGGGCCGUUGGAUCACAGUUGGUAAUUGUCUACACAAGACGGCUAUAGCAUCAGGACUAGCAUCUCUUAUAUCUAGUUUGAUUUGGAGGGAUCGACCUGUUGUUGCAGCGCCAAUGUGUGCUGUUUCAUUGUUUUGUACUGGUCUGUACACAGUUUCAUGGAACUAUGAUCCCUGUUGUCAAUACCAGGUACUAGUUGAAUCUGAUGAAACAGUUCUUAAUAAACUGCCUUUGGCGGAUGUGUCCUCGCCUAUAAUUUUAAGCUACUCACCAAAUACGAAGUCCAAAUAUUUGCACCGUAGCGUUGCUUUAAUGUCGGCUGUGUUUUGUGCUUGGCAAAUCUGGAAAUCCUAUAAGUAGUUUACAACAACAAAAACCAUCCCAACUGUUACAAAAAAAAAAAAAAA